GACAGCAACCCGCCUCCUGCUUCCAUCACGUGGUCAGGGAAAGUAAACAUCUCUACUGGGGAGCUACACAUCAUAGCAGCACAGCAGACGAUAUACGACGGUAACUACACCUGUACCGUGGUCACUGGAACAAACGGUGAUGAUGAACGUCUGCCACUGAUGUCAUUUUCUGAAAUUACACUUAUCGUUAAAGGUAUUAUUACACACACACACAAGAACAACAGCAACAACAACAAGACACAUGGUUCGUCAUGAACCAGCUUUUCACGAACAACAGUCCUCGUUCACUACAAGCCUUAUUACCAGAAACUUUUCAAGUCUUACCGCCGUAUUUGCCCGUUUUGUAUCGAAGACUGAAAUUAACUUCAUUAAGAAAGAGCUGAGGUAAGUAAAGUUGUAUGUAAUCACAUUGUCGGCAGACACCUUAAGGUCACGUGGGAUGUUGAGUUGAGGUUAUUGGUUCUGUAUAUAUGUAGACUGAUUUUUACAGCAUUGCAUAAUACAAUUUAACUUUAUUCAUUUUCAGAGACAAUUAUCUUUAGAGCUGUUAAAAUUUAAGAGUAUGGUCCUUGUUAACCCAAUAGUGGAGCAAGUUAAAAUCUUUUACCUGAAAUUCUACGAAAUCUUUACAGGUUGUUGCGUUUUAGGUUCUUCGAGAAAUAGAAGACCUGGAAUGUUGAUCAUAUCAGUUUGUUGUAUCUAUAGUUCACAUGGCUACAGAUGGCUGCUUAUUUCUAGAGCACACCAAAUAAGCGACACGGACAUUGAGUAAAAGAUGUUUUCAGUGGGAAGUGAACACUAGCCACAUCUUUCCAGACUUUAAUAAUAAUGUCAACUGUGUGAACUGUGUGUAACCUGUAUGUCACAUGUAAGUGUCCAGAUGUUUUCAUUUCGCUCUGAACUUUAUAGACUUUGGUUCACGUGGUGAGGCUCCCUAGUCUCCUGGUUACUGAGUCUGUCAUUGCCAAGCCUGUGAAUUAAAUUCCACUUUCUCAUCUCCCAUCCCGUCCAGCUGACAUGAAUAGUUCCUAGCAUUUCAAGAAAUAGAAAAUGAGUAUAAAGGUAAGGCUGGCUCCCAUCUUGUGUUUUUGCUUUGCUACAAUACUUUUCUUACAUUUAUUUUAAGUGUUUCAGGCGCUAGUACACACACAGAGGAACAUGCGAGUGUACACAGUCACCUACAGCAAUAUUUAUGUUUGUGAUAAUGUGUGUUUAUUUAGCUUUUUUCUUCUAUUCCCACGCGUAGUUAAGGCUUUGUUUUUCAAAAAUUCUUUAUUAUGUAUGAUAAAGGUAGUUAGAUAUGCUCCAGAUUAAGUUAACAGAUUUAAACUUUUAAACUGAUCAGAUCGACAGCUGCAAGUCUUGUGAAUGGACCUUCGGGGUGGAAUGGGUGCCUUGAAGUAUUGUACAACGAAACAUGGGGCACAGUCUGUGAUGAUGGUCUCGAGAAGAGCGCAGGUGACCUGCAAGAUGUUGGUCUUCUACAGGCGAGUAAUAUUUUAUGGUCUUGCGAUGAUGUAAAGUGUAGUUAUUUCGUAUGAAAUACCUAUACUAAUAAUUGCAGUCACAUUGACGACGCUGGCAUCAUCUGCAACGCCGGUGAGAACGAUCUCUUCCUAUCUGUUUCCUGUAUGCCAUGUUUUUGUAACUAUGCUGAGAGAAACAAAAGGAGUAAAAGAGAUAUUAAUAAAACUAAAAUUAACAAUUUAAGAUGUAUAACUUCAACUUGUUGCCUCAACACUUCAGUCGCUUGUUGUAGUUUUUCUAAACGGUUCACCAUUUUAUUGCUUGUAGUUGUUACAGUGGGAAAGGCUUCUGUGAGUAGGUCUGUCGGUCGCAUGACUGAGGUUUACUUGUUUUGAGUCACAUUAUCUGUCCUCUCACACUGUCGCACUUCUCUUCCUUUUGAGUCUGUAGUGUUUUGAGUGGGAGUGCUCAACAUACUAUUGUCGGAGCUAGUUCCUGUUUCCUCUUUCCUUUGGUCUUUUUUUAGGGGCCAUCAAUUUUUUGAAUCAGAGGAGAACAGACAAUUAACACAGUCGUACCACACCCACCGCACGACACAGCUCAGCAGCUUUCCACAGAAGUGAGUAAAAGUCACAUCACAGUGUCAUCCCCAACUGCCGGACUUUUCUGCUGAGGAUUUCUCUCAUUUUUAACAAUAAUUGAGUUGGGAAUCCAUUUAAAGGAACACUUUUGACCCUUACUAUAAAACAGUAACUCCUGAAAAUGUUUAAUCCACUCACACAGGCCGGAAAUUAUUUUUGAACUAACAGAAACAUUUUCUUCACACAGAGACACAGACAAGUCCAGGCUCCGCCAUGUUCAUCGCUCACCGCCCUAACAUUAUCUUUUAUUAUAGAGAAAGAGAGAAAGUGACUAGGAACACAAAACUUGCUCUUGAGCUGAAAAACACAACUAAGACACUACUUCUGUUUUUCAGGCAGAAUGUCUAGUAGUAGAAACUGCAUGAGAACGGAAAAAAUAUAUCAAGUCACCGCGUAAUGCAUAUACACACACACACAGCGAUAGAGGGCGACACAAGUUAAUAAUGUAAGCUUUAUGAAGUUACUUCCUGUGUUUACACAAAGACUUGUACAGUUCGCUCAUUUUCAUUGUGAUGAGCAUAGAAUCGUCGCAUUCAAACUGGGCUCUCGAGGAGUAAAGUUGUAACAGCGCUUCAUCACCAGCAGCUGUUUGGUGACAAACCGUAGAGGCUGAAGCUGGUAGACAAGUGUCGGUCCUUAUUAUGCGCUGUUAAGCUCCAGACAGGAGUCCAGCCUAGAGGACGAGAGAUACGUGGUGGCACACGGCACUGCCAGUCUCACACUCACUCCCUGUCUCUCUUUUUCUAUCUCUCUCUCACACACUUACUGGGUUACAUUUAGUUUUCUGUCCAUAAAUAUUUACAAUGUAAUGAAGGCUUAAACCAUCACUAAUUUUGAUGCCUACCCAAACUACCAAAGAAAUAUAGUAAAUAUUGACAAUUGCACUCAAAUUAAAUGGAAACAAGCAAAAGAAAAUGAAAUAUAGGUGAUAUAUCUAUAAACAAUCAUGAAAGCACAUAUACACACAGAGAGAGGAGCAUACGAGCACGCACACAGAGACAUCUGUACAAGUAUAAAAAGUCACAAAAAAGACGAGGAAAACAUUCGUGCGAAACUAAAACCAAUGUUAUUAUUAGUCAAUAUUCCUUCCUUUUUUUUCUCUCCAGUUCUUCCUAUAUUGAAACAUUUUAAUUUGUGCAUCUUUGCCACCAGACAGACAUCAUUGCAAUGUUCGUGGUGACUUGUAUUUAUUCAGCUUUUCUUCUUCUGAUGCCAUAUGUCGAUGCACAGCUGAAAUCUCGGCUUGUGAAUGGAACUGCUCCGUGGAACGGCCGCCUUGAAAUAUUGUACAAUGGAACAUGGGGCACAGUGUGUGACGAUGCUUUCGGGAAAGAAGAGGCACAGGUGGCCUGUAGGAUGCUUGGCUUCGUCAGGUCUCAAGCGUUGGUGGUGACGUCAUUCAUGUACGGAGAAGGCUCGGGCCUCAUCAUCCUUGACGACCUGAUGUGUACAGGCGAGGAGACUAGUUUGGAUGAGUGUGACCAUAGAGGGUUUACCGAAAACGACUGCAGUCACAGUGAGGAUGUUGGUAUCAUCUGCAGCACUCAACCUGUGAAACUGCAUUUAAGGAAUACUCAAAGCUCUAGCCUUUACAAAGGUCGUGCAGAGAUGCAAAUUGGAGGGGGCAACUGGAUCGAAUUGUGCACAUCUUAUGAUAUGGCCAAAGUCGUUUGCAGACAGCUUGGAUUAUCAUCGAAUGCUGCGAUAUUUACAAAUGCAUCAGUAACUGAGAUGAGUUUAUAUGGAGAAAGAGAGCGCCUUACAGUUAUGUCCAUGUUUAUUUGCCUUGGGAAUGAGACUAGUCUUUUUGAGUGCCAGCAGGCUGCAGAUUCUACUGCAGGUUAUUACUACAGAUUCUGCAACAUGUAUUACAACAUCAUUUGCAAUGACUCACUUUAUACUCGCAUACUGUUUGACUAUCAUUCAUAUCCGCCACUGGAAGGAACGAAUAUGUCUCUAGAGUGUGAGAGAGCACAGUCUCUUCAGUCAAAUGUUGACUACUGGUGGUACGUGUAUUCCAGAGAAGGUACUUAUCGCCCGAUGGGGAAAAACUUGAUCUUUAAUAAGGUGAUCAGUCAACAUCAAGGUCUCAGAGUGCAGUGUGUGGCCAGGUACAACUACAAUGGAGUUGUUUACAGGGAAGCUAGUGACGCCUUUGUCAUACAGGUUUGCUGUGCUCCUACAAUUAAUUCCACUAACGAACCACCGCCAGCGUUAUCCAGUAUCGGUGAUGAAGGACAUCUCAGCAUUGAAAUGACAGCCCACCCCACCCCUCACCUGAUAAAUAUCACCUACCUCGGACCAGUCUUGAAUGAAAGUAUUGAAGGCAAAAACGUUGGAAACUCGACGCUUGUUGACUGCGUUGCUAACCUCGUCUCACGUGCUUCAGUCACGUGUUCCAUCACCGUCUUCAACAUCUCACAGGCUGCUGAAGGUUUUUACAAGGCUAUUUUUAGCAACAGCCUCGGGCACCUGCCUUUCAUAUUUAAAGUGAACCGUAAUGUCGAUCGCACUGGAGAAAGAUCAAGUUUUUUGUUGACCGUCCGUGGUUCAUCUCUUGGCGGAGCGGUCACAGUCAUCGCUGCAGCAAUCUUCUUUAUCUGUCACUGGAAACGUAGAAAUAAGAGCCGUGUGACAAGAGAGACUCUUUCGGAGAGGAAACAGUCGGCAGGAGUGCGUCUGGAAGAAAUACCAGCUGGAGGUGUGAUGAACGUGUAUCAUGAGGAGAAAACUGUCGACAGUGAAAAGAAGACCCGAAAUGAAGAGAAAGUUGAUUCUUACCCUAUCUAUGUCAACACUGCUGAACUUGCCGAGGAAAACGAUCACAUCUACAGCAAUGUUGGAGUGAGUGGAAGUGGACGGCAAAGGCGUGAAUAACAUCAGAACUGUUUAGUGUAAACAGUCUGUGGAUAACCCGUAAAAAUUUUGAAAAACUCAAAAGAAAUAAAGCAUGUACUAAACGAUAAAAUGAUAUCAAUUUUUGCUUGUCAUGUGUCAAGACAUUAUAAUUGAUAAAUUAGAUGGAUAAAUCAAAAUAAACAAGCAGAAACCCAAAGAAAAAUAAGUUUUCUUUUAAGUAUCAUGUUAAGCACUAAAAAUACUGGCUAAAUCGAUUUAACAUCAGUAGUGAUCGUUUGUAACAAUAGUUCUACGUGUAAUUGAAAAAAAUUAUUUUAGUUCUCGUACUUUUAGAAUGUUUGAAAUCUUUUUGAUCAACUAUGUUUACUAAAAAUUAUCCUGUAGUUAACGUUCUUGGCUUCUUGUUAUGCAUUCUGUUUUUUUUAACAUUUUCUUUUUCAUAUGAACUCAUGUGUUUAAAACUGUGUACCUUUAAUCUACUGAAGUAUAAUACUUAAUAUAUCCUGUGUGAGUGUCGUGUUAAUCUUUUGUUCGCUACGAUGUGCUAAUGGAAGUGCUUUUUAUUUUCAUGUUUAAAAAUUUCCCAUGCCGUCUAGUAGAUGUCUAGAAACAGUCGGGAUGUGUAAAAAUAUAAAGAUAAAUCACAGAAAGAAUGGAGAGCGCAAGUGUUUGUCAUAUCAUUAGCAGUAUUUAUUCUAGUGUAUUAGGUCGUGCACUAGGUUUCUUAUAUCAAUGUAAUAAACAAUGCUCCAUGUUUAACUAUUUCAUGAGUUAUUAAACUGGAAUAUAAGAGAAGCGGAAAUAAAUUGUGAGUGAAAAAUCA